UGUUCGAGGGAGUAAGUUCAGGUUCACAAUGCUGAACAUGGCGACGUCUAAUUUGCUAAAGAAUAAAGGCUCCCUCCAGUUUGAGGAUAAGUGGGAUUUAAUGCGUCCUAUCGUCCUGAAGCUGCUCCGUCAGGAGUCAGUCACCAAGCAGCAGUGGUUCGACCUCUUUUCAGAUGUCCAUGCAGUAUGCCUAUGGGAUGACAAGGGGCCGGCCAAGAUUCACCAGGCCCUGAAGGCGGACAUCUUAGACUUCAUCAAGCAAGCACAAGCGUUUUUCCAACGGCAUAAAGUCCAUAACAGGGCCCUGCGCUCUCCCCCACAGCGGGUGUUGAGUCACCAGGACGACACAGCACUGCUGAAGGCCUACAUCGUGGAGUGGAGGAAGUUCUUCACGCAGUGCGACAUCCUUCCCAAACCCUUCUGCCAGCUGGAGAUCACGCUCAUGGGCAAACAGGGCAGCAACAAGAAGUCUAACGUAGAGGACAGCAUCGUACGGAAGCUCAUGCUGGACACGUGGAACGAGUCCAUCUUCUCCAACAUCAAGAACAGGCUGCAGGACAGCGCCAUGAAGCUGGUGCACGCCGAGCGCCUGGGGGAGGCCUUCGACUCUCAGCUGGUCAUCGGCGUCAGGGAGUCCUACGUGAACCUGUGCUCAAACCCAGACGACAAGUUGCAGAUCUACAGAGAUAACUUUGAGAAGGCCUACAUGGACUCCACCGAAAGAUUCUACAGAACACAGGCCCCCUCCUACCUGCAGCAGAACGGAGUCCAGAACUACAUGAAAUACGCAGACGCCAAGUUGAGAGAGGAGGAGAAACGGGCGUUGCGCUAUUUGGAGACGAGACGUGAAUGUAACUCUGUACAAGCACUGAUGGAGUGUUGCGUGAACGCCCUGGUAACGUCCUUCAAGGAGACCAUCUUGGCCGAGUGUCCAGGCAUGAUCAAGCGAAACGAGACAGAGAGUGAGUACGGCCGGAGCGUUCCCGGCACCAAAGGCUCUGCCAGCUCAGAGCUCCAUCUCAUGUUCUCUCUGAUGGACAAGGUGCCUAGUGGCAUCGAGCCCAUGCUGAAGGACUUAGAGGACCACAUCAUGUCUGCUGGGCUGGCCGACAUGGUGGCCUCCGCCGAGACCAUCACUUCGGACUCUGAGAAGUACGUGGAGCAGCUUCUCACCCUGUUCAACCGCUUCAGUAAGCUGGUGAAAGAUGCCUUUCAGGACGACCCUCGCUUCCUCACAGCCAGAGACAAGGCUUACAAAGCAGUUGUGAACGACGCUACUAUUUUUAAAUUGGAACUACCACUGAAGCAGAAAGGUCUGUCUGUCAGGGUGGGGCUGAAGACCCAGCCGGAGUCCAAGUGUCCAGAGCUGCUGGCCAACUACUGUGACAUGCUGCUGAGGAAAACCCAGCUGAGCAAGAAACUUGCAUCCGAGGAGAUCGAGGCCAAGCUCAAGGAAGUGUUGCUGGUGUUGAAGUACGUGCAGAACAAAGACGUGUUCAUGCGCUACCACAAAGCCCACCUGACCCGACGCCUCAUUCUGGACAUCUCCGCCGACAGCGAAGUCGAGGAGAACAUGGUGGAGUGGCUCAGGGAGGUAGGCAUGCCGGCUGACUACGUGAAUAAGCUGGCUCGGAUGUUCCAGGACAUCAAGGUGUCCGAGGACCUCAACCAAAACUUCAAAGAGUGUCACAAACACAACAAGCUGGCCCUAUCAGCGGACUCUGUCAACAUCAAGAUCCUGAAUGCGGGGGCGUGGUCGCGGAGCUCAGAGAAGGUGUUUGUGUCACUGCCCACCGAGCUGGAGGACCUGAUCCCAGAGGUGGAGGACUUCUACAAAAAGAACCACAGUGGCAGAAAACUGCACUGGCACCACCUCAUGUCCAAUGGCAUUAUCACCUUUAAGAAUGAGGUGGGCCAGUAUGACCUGGAGGUGACCACCUUCCAACUGGCUGUGCUGUUUGCCUGGAACCAGAGGCCUCGGGAGAGGAUCAGCUUUGAGAACCUUAAGCUGGCCACGGAGCUGCCUGACGCCGAGCUCCGACGCACCCUCUGGUCCCUGGUAGCGUUCCCCAAGCUAAAGCGGCAGGUGUUGUCCUACGACCCGGUGGUGGGCUCGCCCAAAGACUUUGCAGAGGGCACCCUCUUCUAUGUCAAUCAGGAGUUCUCACUAAUAAAAAACUCCAAGGUCCAAAAAAGGGGGAAGAUCAACCUAAUUGGCCGGCUUCAGCUCACCACAGAGCGAAUGAGGGAGGAGGAGAACGAGGGAAUCGUCCAGCUCAGGAUAUUGAGAACACAGGAGGCCAUCAUCCAGAUCAUGAAGAUGCGCAAGCGGAUCACCAACGCCCAGCUGCAGACAGAGCUGGUAGAGAUCCUCAAAAACAUGUUCCUGCCCCAGAAGAAGAUGAUCAAGGAGCAGAUGGAGUGGCUCAUCGAGCACAAGUACAUCAAGCGCGACGAGACUGAUCUCAACACCUUCAUCUACAUGGCGUAACGGCGGUGAUGACGUGUAACUGCGGUGAUGACGUGUAACGGUGAUGACUUCGGAGGUUCUUCAGGCCUGAUGGACAAUAGGAUAUUUCCAGGCCUGACCCUCGUAGAAAAAAAACACAUAUUUGGAUCGUGGGGGUUCAAGCCUGAUGGACAAUAAGAAUAUUUCCAAGCUGACCUUUCCUUUGAUAAAUGAUCUGUCACGUGGGGAAAUAAAGACUUAAUUUAUGACAGAGUUACAGAAAUGUAUAAAAGGAGGAGUUUGUGUGGGGGAAAUGAAAGGGCAAGAAAGAAAUGAGUUUGAGUCCACACCCACCGAGUUUUCAGUCAUCGUUUUUGUCUAGGAGGCAUUUCCUUGUCUGUAGACGGGACGUGGAUGGUGAAGGUCUGUUAAUAUGGCGUCCGCCUUCCUGUCGACCAACCACCAUGCAGACCACACACCCUCCCCGGCCCCAUCCAUGGACACCCCAUCACCAUUGGAGUGACGAUGGUUGUUGUUAGGUCUCUAACGACAUGGAAGGAAGAACUGUAGGAGGUCCAUUUUCCUCCAUAUCUACAGUCCAAGUUUUGUGCCUGGCCAACACUAGUCGCCGGACCUCUUCAACAGAACGAGCUGUCCUCUGGCAACUGUCGGAGCCAAGCUGUCGGCCAUGUUCUUUUGUGACCACUGGUGGUGACGAACGAAGCAUUAAUGCUGCAUUCACGUGCUAGUCGGAACUAGGAAACUCUGAACUUUCCGACUUGCUAACUGGUUGUAGUUAUACAUGUGCCGCGACUAGCAUUUGAACAUGGCAUUAAGACAACAGAUGUGACGCUGUUCCUGGACAUUCUGGGCUGGUUUCCCAGACCCAGACUAACACUAGUCCUAGAUUUUUUUAAACAAAUAUUCUCAAUGGAGAAUCUUCAUUGAAAGUGCACUUUAGUCCAGAACUAGGCUUAAUCUGAGUCAGGGAAACUGGCUCCACAGUAUAUAUUAUAUUUCAGAAAUGUUCACACACAUUGUUCACUGUUUUCACAAGAGACACUGACACACUUUUUCUGUUUUGACUGAUUUUAAAAUGCAGACUGUCCGUGUUAAUUUGAGGGUAUUUUCAUCCAUAUCGGGUGAACCAUUUAGAAAUUACAUGAAAGUAUAGUAUUUGGUCCCAUA